UACUGUUGGUUGAGCAGUAGCAUCUCUACUGCUGGCUAGCGAAACCGAUUUGACCGGCUUCAUUCAGCUUUCGCUGUUUUAUCUUCAAUGUUUUGAAUUAGACUUUGAGAACUUUAGAUGAAUUUUUAUCGAACCAAAUAAGUCUGCAGCUCAUAUUAUUAUGAAUUUAGUCUACAUUUAAUAGCUUCUCGUUGGGGCAGGCAAGGGAUACCCUUUUCAUCAGGCGCGUCGGGAAAAGAAGCGAAGCCAUUGAGACUGAACUGUAUUAAGAGAAUUCUUUUCUGGUAUGGGCACUUCAACGAAACGAGAACUAGAAACUGUUUUCUUGCGUCCUGGCUCCUCUCAUGACUAAUAUUUGCAAAAUCGAGUAUUCUGCUCUUGUUUUGAAAAGAAUAGAUGCCGAGAAAAUCUGAAUGUCUGUUUCUGGUCUCUUGUCAUGAUUCAAAGAUACUUCAAAGACUGUGUUUCAGAUUCUGAUGCAGAGGUGACUACCAGCUUACAUUAAACAAAUGGGGUUACUCUGGCGCGCCCCCUUUGUAAGACUGUCCUCCUCCACCUACCCUUUAAUGUCUCUGGUGCUUAUGAUCACUGUGCUGUGCACAAGUUUCGGUUUCGUGAAGUGCGAUCAAACUCUGGACUUUACGCAACCACAAUAUAAUGCAACAGUCCCAGAAAAUUCUGUAGGAAAGACGUAUGUCACUUCAACUGAAAAGAUGGGCAUUUUUAUAUCUGAUCCAUCAUUACUUGUGCGGUAUAAGAUAGUUUCAGGAGAUCCUGCAAAAAUGUUUAAAGCUGAAUCUCGCACAGUUGGAGACUUUUGCUUCCUGUCUUUACGAACAAGGACUGAAGAACAAGCGGUACUUAACAGAGAAUAUCAAGAUUAUUAUGCUCUUGGCGUUCGUGCCAUGGUCACGUCUUUAUAUAGGCGAUCGGUCAAAUUAAAAGCUCACACCAUAGUCCACGUUCAUAUCUUGGAUACUAAUGACCUUAACCCCUUUUUUGAUAACUUGGACUAUCGUACCACCGUCCCUGAAGAUUAUCCCCUUCACAAGAAUCUCCUGAGAGUCACAGCAACAGAUCCUGAUGUGGGAGUGAAUGGCGAUAUAUACUACAGUCUGCGUGAGCCGUCGCUCCAAUUUGCCGUCCAUCCAACCCGAGGCUUUCUAACCCUAACCAGGCCCCUUGACUAUCAAAAACAAACCUUGCAUAAAUUAACCGUUGUCGCUGAAGACCGUGGACCGAAAUUUCGAGUAGCUGGAAGCAUGGCUUUUCUCAGCACAGCCACUGUCCAAAUAAAAGUUUCUCCUGUCAAUCUUCAUGCUCCAGAAAUUCAAGUGCGCCAGUUGCCAACUAUUCUAGAGCACAGUGACCCUGAUAUUUAUGCUAUAGUUCGUGUCAUUGAUGGUGACAAAGGAAUUCAUGGAGAGAUCGAUGGACUGGGAAUCGUAAAAGGUGACACAGAAGGUUAUUUUCGAAUAUCUCCCGGAAAGAAACUAAAUGAAUUCGAGAUAGGAGUAGCUGAUCCAAACCGCGAACUGGCUGCUGGAAACUACGCUCUAGUGCUGCAAGCAACAGAUCGGGGCACACCUCCAAAGUCCACCACAAAAACGGUCCACUUGAAAAUUUCCGAAGCUUCUCAUCCGGUUCCCAAAUUCACUCAAUCUGAUUACGAUGUGGAGAUUGAGGAAGUGUCACCUGUAGGCUAUCCUUUGGUUAGAUUAGUCGCAACAGUGGAUAAGGGCAAGAAUCCACUCCUGUACACAAUAGAGAUUGGUAAUGACGAAGGAAUGUUUGCAGUAGACCAGCGGACAGGUGUGCUUCGAACUGCGAGAGCCCUCGAUCGAGAACGAAGAGCAUAUUAUUCCUUAACUGUCAGCGCUGUUGACAGUGGCCGGAGGGGCAGCUCGCAUCUACGUAAGGGCACUGCCAUAGUAAACAUUAGAGUCCUUGACAAUAACGACAACGACCCAGUAUUCAAUUCAACCUCUGUUGUGGUGAUGUUUGAUGAAAAUCGACCCCAAGGCAGCGUUGUUUGCACAGUUUAUGCCACUGACACCGACGCGGGAGACAAUGGAUAUGUUACAUACAGUCUGGUGAACUUGGAUUCUGUGCCUUUCAACAUUGAUCACUUCACUGGCGAGAUAUCGACAACUGAAGUUCUCGACUAUGAAACAAUGCGUCGAGAGUACGUUUUACAAGUUCGAGCAUCAGAUUGGGGCUCACCCUACAGACGACAGGCAGAGAUGAUAGUUCGAGUCCAGCUCCGUGAUAUUAAUGAUCACCGACCUCUGUUUGAAAGGGUGGAUUGCGUCGGUCAGGUACUUGACAGUGUGCCGUUAGAAACUCCCAUUAUAACGUUAUCAGCUUUAGAUUUCGACGCAGGAAACACAGUACGCUACCUUAUGGUUCCUGCAGAUGAUGAUCCGUGCUUUGGACUAAAUGAGGACAAAGGUAUCCUCAAGGUAACGUGUGAUUUAUCAAAGCAAAAGAAAAAAGAUUGGCUACUGAACGUGUCUGCAACGGAUAGCCAGCAUUUUGCUGACGUCAUGACGGUUAAUUUAAAGGUAGUGUCCCAAACUUCUGGUCGCAAUAAAGGAGGAGUUGCUAUUGAUUGCAGGAAGUUGGACGUUACCGACCGCUACAUGGAUCUCCUAAGCUUGGGAAACAGUCAGAAUAAGGCUACGAACAGAAAGGAGGCGGCUGCUCCUGAAAGAUUCGGGGAUAACAGACACUCACCAGAAUUCUUGUCAACUAUACCUUCUGAAGUGUGGAUUAACGAAUCCGCAACUAUUGGGUCUGAGGUCAUCGCUGUAAGAGCUAGAGACAGAGAUCACAAUUACGCAGGAAUGUUGGUGUAUGUUAUAAAUUACAAUAAUGAAGGAGAUGAUUGCUUCAAAGUUGAUCUGCAUACUGGUCGUCUCCUUGUUGAUUCUGAACUUGACAGAGAGAGAACAUCUAAAUAUAUUUUGAACAUAACAGUCUUUGACUUAGGCAAGCCUCAACUAUCUGCUUCAACGCAACUCAUCGUCAAUAUCAGAGAUGUUAAUGACAAUCCUCCAACAUUCGAAAAAUCUUCCUACCAUUUUGUAAUACCUGAGAAUGUUGAAAAUGGUACUAGUGUGAUUAGACUUCGGGCAACUGAUAUCGAUGAAAAUGAAAAUGCUAGAUUAACUUAUAAUUUAGAAGGACCGGCAUGGGAUCGUUUUCAUGUCGAUAAAAAUACAGGUCUUCUAGCCAUUGUUGGACCACUGGAUCGGGAAAUCACUGAGAACUAUGCGUUGCGUGUUUGGGCGAAAGAUUCAUCUUUAGAAAAACCUUUGAUGUCUUCUACAAUUGUGUACAUUCGUCUGGAAGACGUCAAUGACAAUGCACCUAUGUUCGGUCACACGCAGUUUUGGGUGAAAGUCCGGGAAGACCUUCCCAUCGGAACAGUAGUGAUGGUGAUGUCGGCAAGAGACCCUGAUACAGGAGAUGGUGGCCGUGUUGCUUAUGAAAUGCUGGAUGGAGGAACGUUUUCGGUUGAUCCGUUAACAGGAGUUGUUCGACUUGCCCGAACACUUGAUUUUGAGAAUAAACAGUUAUACAAUGUAACUAUUGUUGCUCGAGAUCAAGGGGAUCCGCCCUUGACAUCUGUUGCUUAUUUACUAGUUGAGGUGGAAGAUGUCAAUGAAAACCUUCAUCCACCAAAAUUCCCUGAUGUUGUUGCUUCAGGGUCUGUGCGUGAAAACAAACCUGAAGGUACUUUAGUUAUGCAUGUAACUGCCGUUGAUGCUGAUCCUCCAGGCAUCGAUUCUACAAUAGCGUAUUCUAUCCGAGACGGUGAUGGACUCGGAAUAUUCUCCAUUGACGACCAAGGUAAGAUACUUAUUCAUUUUCCCAUUUCCUAG